CGGCGGGGGAACGUGGAGCACAUGGAGGUGCCGGGCCGCUGUCGCCUUGCCUCGCUGCUGCUGCUGCUGGCUUCGUGCAUCGGCUGCACGGCCGCGCCGCGGAGGAGCAUCCCCCGGCGGCAAGCAGAUAGACUGGGACCUCCUCUAGACAUACUGCUGGAUUCGCUGAACUGCACAGCUUUCAGUGUGCAAUGGAGGAUGCCAAAGCAGCACGCAAGCACCAUCACAGGAUAUACAGUCUUCUACUCAGAGGUUGAAGGUGACAAAGCAGUUAAGCAGCUCUCACACGACGUUCCCCUGAGCCUGGAUAUGCUGAGCAUGGGUCAACUUGAAGGACAAGCAAUUUUUGAAGUUGUUAUUGGAGAUUUGAAACCUGGUACCCCACAUCGCGUUAGUGUUGGAGCCUAUGGCUGGGCAGGGAAGGGACGACCCAGCAUGCCCAGAGAUGUCACAACCUUAUCCCAAGAUAACUGCAUGCCCCCUGCACCACCCUAUCAGCCCCAGAUUGUUGUUGUUUCUGAUUCAGAAGUUGCAUUAUCCUGGAAACCUGGGGCCAAUGAAGGAAGCUCUCCCAUACAAUACUACAUGGUGGAGUUUAUCAGGCCAGACCUUGACAGCAAUUGGACGGUAAUAAGAGAGCAGAUCCAGAUGGAAUCUAUGGUGCUCAAGGGACUUCUCCCAAAUACCAAGUACCAGUUCGCAGUGCGAGCAGCAAACUCCUAUGGAUCCAGCCCUGCCAGCACGCCGAGCGAUGUGGUCCGAACGUUCAGUUCUGAAGAGUUAGGAAGUGGAAGUUAUGGACAUCGUUAUAUCACAGAAACAGUCACUGGUGAUGAUGAUGGAUUUGAUGUGGAUGACUCAGACUAUGACAUUUACAUAGAAGAGCUCAGACCACUUCCUGCUAUCAAAGGAGGCAACAGAAAAUUUCUGGUUGAAACUAAGGUCACGCCAGGGUCUAGCUCCAGGCUGUUGUCACGGGUCCUUACAACCACUUCGGAGCCCACCACUUCCACUCCCACCACCACACAACCUUCCACCACGGCCAGGGUUACAACAGCCAGGGCCACAAGAAGGGGCAGCAUGUCCUCUGCCCCACGCCUCUUUGAUCUUUCCUGCGAUGAGACCAUCUGUUCUGCAGACAGCUUUUGUGUCAAUGACUAUGACCGAGGAGGCUCACGUUGCCAUUGCAACUUGGGGAAAGGAGGGGAGAUGUGCACAGAAGAUAUUACUAUUCAGUAUCCUCAGUUCUAUGGCUACUCAUAUAUUACAUUUGAACCACUGAAAAACUCCUAUCAGACGUUUCAAAUUACUCUUGAAUUCAGGGCUGAAUCAGAAGAUGGUUUGCUACUCUAUUGUGGGGAAAAUGAACAUGGCCGUGGUGAUUUUAUGUCACUGGCAAUCAUCCGACGGAGUGUCCAGUUCAGGUAUAACUGCGGCACUGGAGUUGCAGUCAUAACAAGUGAAAACAAAAUCAAACUGGGGAACUGGCACAGUGUCACACUCUUCAGAGAUGGGCUGAAUGGCUGGCUCAGGAUGGAUAAUGAUGCUCCAGUCACGGGAAAGUCUCAGGGCCAAUAUAGUAAAAUUACCUUCCGGACUCCCUUCUAUGUUGGCGGUGCCCCCAGUGUGUAUUGGCUGGUCAGAGCUGCAGGCACCAACCGUGGAUUUCAGGGCUGUGUUCAGUUUCUCAGCAUUAAUGGGAAAAUGAUUGAUAUGAGACCCUGGCCUUUGGGGAAAGCACUCAGUGGUGCUGAUGUAGGUGAGUGCAGCAGUGGAAUCUGUGACGAGGCAUCCUGCAUCAACAGCGGUACCUGCACUGCAAGCAAGGCAGACUCGUACAUUUGCCUUUGCCCUCUUGGAUUUAAAGGUCACCACUGUGAAGAAGCACUCACCCUGGCCAUACCUCAGUUCAAUGAAUCCUUAAGAUCGUUUGCUAGCACACCCUGGCCCUUGGAACCACAGAACUAUCUUUCCUUCAUGGAGUUUGAGAUGACAUUUCGUCCAGAUUUAGAGACUGGUGUCCUUUUGUACAGCUAUGACACAAACAGCAAAGACUUCCUCUCUAUCAAUAUGGUGGCUGGUUACGUGGAGUUCAGAUUUGAUUGCGGCUCAGGAACGGCUGUCAUCAGGAGUGAAGAACCUGUCAGUCUGGGUCAAUGGCAUGAGCUGCGAGUGUCUCGCACUGCGAAGAAUGGUAUCCUACAAGUGGACAAACAAAAGCCAGUAGAAGGCAUGGCAGAGGGCGCUUUCACACAGAUUAAGUGCAGCUCUGAGAUAUUUCUUGGUGGAGUCCCCAGUUACGAUACGGUGAAGAAGAACUCUGGGAUCCUCAGACCCUUCACUGGGAGCAUUCAAAAGAUUAUCUUGAAUGACCGAACAAUUGAUGUGAAACAGGAUUUCACUUUUGGAGUCAACCUAGUAAAUGCUGCCCACCCCUGUGUGGGCUCUCCAUGUGCAAAUGGAGGCAGCUGUGUUCCCAAGAAAGACAGCUAUGAAUGUGACUGUCCCCUGGGAUUUGAUGGACAGCAUUGCCAGAAAGAGUGUGGAAAUUACUGCCUCAACAGUAAGUACUGCAAAUGAUACGAAAACUUCUCUGUCAUUAUGUGCCUGUGUCUGCUUUAGCAAGCUGAAUGCCGGAUUGCCAUUAAGUCUGGCAAUUUUCUGUCAAUAAGCCAAAACAUUUUCUAGCAUUAUACUGUACUUCCUUCAGCCUUGUCCUGUUGACAUUUGAAACUGUAUCCAGAGCACCUGCCGAGUACAGUGUGGUGGCUGCAGAGCUGGUCCCUGCAUUUGCAAAGCAGUAGAGGCAGCAGGUGCUUUGCAGCUCUAGGUGCUCCCUCAUGCUGCGCUGUAGUUGUUCAGACUUCACCCCUGCUUGAGAGCUCCGGUGCCAACCAACAGCAUAGUGAUGAGCUGGGAGUGAGGGUGUUUGUUAUGACAUCUUGUUCAUCCUACUCUCUUCCAUUUGCAAAGAUCUUGCAUGUAUCAAAGUACUGCUUAACUUCACACGUUUUUCUGCAGUUACAUACUGUGCAACAGGUGAAGAGAAUAGUGAAGAGUAAGAAGAGAUAAACAUCCACAAGGCUUUUCUCUGUAGAGGAAACCCGAGUGAGGUCAAGGGCUGUGCAUGGCACUAGCCCCUUCUCCUGCUGAAGGCAGAAGCAGCAAGGCGGUAGGACCAGCACAGAAUAGAGUAGAGGGAGAAGGGCUCCUGACACCCUUUGCAAUCUUCCAGUAUGGUCAGAGGCUGUCCAGUGCAGAAAGACCAAGUGGGCAGCAUCUGAAUGUGCAUAACACAUUUCUCAUGUCUUCCAACAGUUCUGGCAGGCUGCAGGCUGUAGCGGUUUCUUUAGACACAUUAGGCAGCUUUCCUGAUUUCGCUAAGGAUGGAAACAGACAUUUGUCACUACCUAAAAUUCUCACCCUUUGCAACCAAGAGCUCAAUUUUUUAUUGCUGUUGUUGGCUGCCAGACUACAGCAAUUGCUUUGUGUCACAGUGAACUUUUAAAGCCCAGCCAGACUCAGUUUUGUACAAAGAGAGUGUGCAUCCAUGCUCUGAAAAGUGAGCAAUUUAUAUGGAUGGGAUUAGGAAUGGAUUGAGGGGAUUAGUUCUCAAGAGGAAAAUAGGAUGAAGUUAGCUAUUUUAUUGAUUUUAUGAAAUUGGUUUAUAUUUAUGCAACAGGCAGUCACGAGAGCUCAGCAGCUAGCUAUAGGCUGCUCACUCAAAAUAAAGUCUCCUCAAGGCAGUGCUCACACUUGCCGCACACUCUGUGUCAUGGAUGUUCAAGGAUUUGCAUCACAAAUCAAAGUUUUCCCAAUGGGAAGCUCCAUCUCCAGCACUGGUUAUGGUGCAUGCUGACCUUGCAGCAAGGACUGGGACUGCACAACACAGCUGUGCUAUGGGCUGUCUCUGGUGAGGUGUUGUGGGAGCAUCAGUGAGCAACACAUACUCACCCCUCCUGGACAGCACUGCUGUGCAUGAUGAUUGCAUCAGUUGAGAGGCUUUGUGCAUUCUGUCAGCAGCCUUUGGAAUAGUGUCAUUUGCUUUCAGGAGGCAUAAAAUGAUGAAAGGCAGCUUGGAUGUCCUCCCAGAACUAUCCUUUAUCUGCGCUGCUGUUAGAGGUGCUAGGGCCACCGUGGAGGAAUGUCAUAACAGGGAGUGAAAAAAAAACUGCCACAUUUUCCCAGUACUUCAUCUUUUCCUACAGUGAUGUUUAUGGUGGAGUAAUACAUUAGGCCCUUGGCAUGAAGUCAAUACUUUGACCUGCGUCAGCUACUACCCUUGCAUUUACAUAGAAACUAGCAGUGCCUUUUUGGAAGCCAUUGUGAGCAAGUUCAACUGGGUUCUGGGCCACCUGUUGAUGUGGAAGUAAGUCAACAAAACAGUCUCUCGUUCCUUCCUUUCGACAGCUAACAUGCAUCUUAUUUUUAAUACA